ACAGCAGUGCUGUUCUGUCUGCAGCUGCUGUAAAGGGCUGUGUGUUGAGCGAAAUGGGUCUUUAAAUUAAUCUCCUAAACGCGAUAACGUAAGUUCAGAGGCAUGUGAGAUUUAAUCAUGAAUAUAAUUUCGAUUUUAUGUGUAACGUUACUGUAACAUAUUAUAGCGUCAUUUAUCGACACAGUGGUGCACUUUCUUCAGCACCGCACUGAAUGAUUGACAGCAUGGCGUCUCAAAACUCCCCAGAAACCCACCAGACUCAACCUGCUAAAACAUCAUUAUUUAAACAACAGAAGGAUGGUACGACAUUCAGAAUUCCAGCUCUCAUCUACAUAAGUGAUGCUCAUACGUUUCUCGCCUUUGCUGAAGAGCGCAGCACACCACGUGACAGUGAUGCUAAAUUGUUGGUCAUGAGGAGGGGAUCACUUCAUAAUGGAUCCAUCCAGUGGUCUCCUGCUCAAACACUGUCUUCAGCCUGUUUACCGGACCAUCGCACUAUGAAUCCUUGCCCAGUCUAUGAGAAAAAAUCCAAAACAAUUUUUCUCUUCUUUAUCUGCAUAUUGGGUCAUACCACCGAGCACAGCCAGAUUGCUACAGGUAGGAAUCGAGCCCGUCUGUGUUAUGUCACUAGUACAGACUAUGGCCAGAACUGGAGCAAGACGAAAGAUUUAACAGACGGUGUGAUUGGAGAUAAGAUCAGCCAUUGGGCUACUUUUGCAGUUGGACCAGGACACGGCAUUCAAAUGAAAACUGGAAAAUUAAUCAUCCCUGCUUAUGUUUAUUAUUUUCGUCGGAGAUGUUUCCCAUUCCGUUUUCCACUUUCUGUUAGGCCUCAUGCUUUAUCUUUCUACAGUGACAACUGUGGUAUCACCUGGAAUAUAGGGGGGAAAAUCCAGAUGAAGUCUUGCGAGUGUGAGAUGGCGGAGAUCAUAGACCAUAAUGAUGAGAGUCGUUUGUACUGUAAUGCCCGUAGUACACAGGGCCACAGAGUAGAAGCUUUAAGCAAGAGCGAUGGGGCAGCUUUCGACAAACCACAUUUUGCGCAGAAACUUGUGGAGCCCCGACACGGUUGCCAAGGUAGUGUGUUGAGUUUCCCUGUGCCAAAGCCAUUAGACGACGAGGACGAGACACAAAACGAUCCCUCAGCACAAUUAGACCCAAAGACAUGGUUACUCUAUUCCCAUCCAACUAAUAAAAACAAGAGGAAGGAUCUUGGAGUUUAUUUGAAUAAAUCGCCUUUAAAUGCUUCUGGAUGGAGUCAGCCCUGGAUCAUCAACAGGGGUCCCAGCGGAUACUCAGACUUGACUCGGUAUGAGCAGAACUUUGCUUGCCUCGUGGAGUGUGGAGAGGAGAGUGAGCUUGAGGAGAUAGCCUUUGUUGAAUUUAAACUCAGUGAUGUCAUGCAAGCUUGUGAUGUGUGAUGAAAUAAACUAAUUUCUUUAAGCGGCCAUUCCCCAUGAUCACAUUUUUCAAACAUUAGUUAGUGUGUAAUAUUGCUAUUAUAGCAUAAAUGAUACCUGAAAGUUAAAUGCCAAGUGAGAUAUUAUCCAAAAAACUUCUCGCCACCUUCCUUAGAGAAGAGGAAGAGGCACUGGAGUAGUGUUUGGUUAUCAUAGAUUGGAAACAUUGGACUGAGCUAUGCGAUGAAAAACUACUUGCACUUUCAUCACUUAAAAAAUUCUGUCCUUAUUUACUCACCUUCAAGUUCCAAAUCUGUAUACAUUUCUUUGUUCUGAAGAGCACAGAGAAAGAUAUUUGGAAUAAUGCGUAUAACCGAACAGUUCUUGGACCCCAUUGACUACCAUUAUAGAAAAUAAAAUACUUUAUACAUUUUUUAGUUUUGUUGAACACAAAAGAAGAUAUUUUAAAGAAUGUACAGUAUGAACGCAAACAGUUCUGGGGCACUUUUGACUAACAUUGUAAUUUUUCCUUCAAUGGUAGUCAACGGGGUCCAAGUGGUAGUUGAGUAGAGACCUCGUAUGAUUGUAAAGCGCUUUGUGUGUACAUCAAAACACAAUUAAGCGCUAUAAAUGCCUAUAAAUUUAUUCAUUCAACUAUUUGGUUACAAGCAUUCAUCCAAAUAUCUUUCUCUGUGUUCACCCCAAGAAAUGUAUGCAGGUUUGGAACAACCAGAGAAUGUAUUUCAUGACAGAAUUUACAUUCUUGGGUGAACUAUCCCUUUAAGAACCAUUUAUGGGUUUGAUCACACGUACCAAAAAUGCCGAGCCAUUGAGAGAGAGAAUCACAUCAACUCUGUUAACUACAAUAGAACACAUUUUUCUUUUACAGCAAUGGCAGUUCAUGGGGAUUCUCAAUAGUUCCUGGAAGUUACUAGUAACGCAUGGAGCUGCGGCUAAACAGUCCAGCUGAGGUAAACCUUUAACCCAUUAAUAGACAUAAGUCAUUUAAUAAAUCCAAAAAUGAAAGAAAUAAAGCAUUUAAAGAGAAAACAAAACUUCCCGGAACUAUCUCAAGGCUCCAUGAAUCACGUGACACGUGAAAAUGUUGAAAUGUUCCGUUGGCACAACUCUCUCAAUGGCUCUGCAAAAAUGUAUAAAUUGAAUGCACUACAUGUUGCUGUGGAUAAAAGCAUGUGCCAAAUUUGCAUAGUUGAAAAAAAACUGGUUUAGUCAUUAGGGAAUUUGGACUGAUUUAGUAUGUGUUAUCCAGCAAAAGAAUGCCAUACAUUUUGUCUAAAUUGGUGACAAUAAAAUUUCAGUAAAGAUUGAA